CUGAAUCAUCCAUUAAAAUUUGUUGAUACAACUGUGACUGAUAAUUGAAAAAAUGGAAGCGAAGAUCGGCCAAUUCUUGGAAUCCAUCGGAACCUUCUUCGGCGGUGGCGAUCAGAUCCCUUGGUGUGACCGCGAUGUCAUUGCCGGGUGUGAGAGAGAAGUUGCUGAUGUUGCUAAGGGUGAUUCGGAGGAACAGAAGAGCCAAAGCAUCAUGCGACUUUCAUGGGCGCUUGUUCACUCUAGGCAAGCUGAAGAUGUGCAGCGUGGUAUUGCCAUGCUAGAAGCAUCACUGUCCAAUAGCAGUUCUCCAUUGCAACAGAGGGAGAAAAUUUACCUUCUAGCUGUUGGAUAUUUCAGAACUGGUGAAUUCUCAAGGAGUCGACAACUUGUGGAGCAGUGUCUUGAGAUUGCACCUGAUUGGAGGCAAGCUUUAGUCCUUAAAAAUGCAGUUGAGGAUCGUAUUGCUAAAGAUGGUGUUAUUGGAAUUGGCAUCACUGCUACUGCUUUGGGACUUAUCGCUGGUGGAAUUGCCGCAGCAUUGACUCGCAGGAACUGAUAAAAACCACAAUUAUGCAUUUGUCGGUAUUUGUUAAAAUCCUUGAGACUUGGCCCCUCUGCAUUUUGCAAAAUUUCCCCAGAGAAUGUUUAUGAAUAAUCUGCAGUUGUAAAAUUUUAGCAUCUGUUGAAUUUUCGGACGAAUUCCUCCAACGCUUGGCCCCCUUGUUUUUUCUUGUAGAAGUUAGAAUUUCAUUAAUACAGUAUUAUUAGAAACGAUAAUUACGCAUUACAUUUGCUAA